AUGCAGAGAAUAGUGGUUAUCGGGACGGGCUUUGCUGGAAUGUGGAGCGCCCUUGCUGCCAUGCGCUUGAUUGACCUGCACGGAGGGAAAGCUACCGGCAUUGAAGUGACGGUCGUGUCGCCAGAGCCAACACUGGUUAUACGUCCCCGAUUGUACGAAUCAGGCGCGAAAAACAUGAGUGCUUCGCUUGAAGAUCUUUUCCGUGUCACAGGUAUCCACUUUGCCAAAGGCACAGUCGAGACUAUCUACGUCCCGCAACGCCUGGUGAAGAUUGUGGACCAAGCUGGGGUGUGUUCGACCAUUUCGUACGACCGGCUUGUGCUAGCAGCCGGCAGUCGCUUGAGACGUCCAAAUAUCCCCGGGCUUCGUGGGCACUCAUUCAGCAUCGACCAGCUUGGGGAGGCGGCAGACUUUGAGGCUCAUCUGCACAGUCUAGCCUCCCUUCCUCCUAGCCCGGCUCGCAAUACGGUUGUCGUUGGAGGCGGCGGCUUUACGGGUGUUGAAAUUGCAGCUGAGCUACCCGAACGUUUACGUUCGAUCCUCGGCCAGGAGGCAGAAGUGCGCGUCGUCAUUGUCGAACAGGCCACCGAAAUUGGCCCUGAACUGGGAGCCAACCCACGACCAGUCAUUACUCAAGCCCUAGCAGAGCAGGGGGUGGAAACAAAACUUGGGGCGGGAGUUAUGUCAGUGGACGACAAAGGUGUGGUGACUACCAGCGGCGAGCGCAUUGAGUCCCUCACGGUCCUCUGGACAGCUGGACUAGAAGCAACCCCAUUGACGCAGCAGAUACCAGGGGCAAAAGACAAAUGCGGCCGUCUUCAUGUCGAUGUGGAUCUGCGCGUUCCAUCCGCGAAGGAUAUCUUUGUGGCAGGUGAUGCAGCCCUGGCCGAAACAGAUGGCAACGGCCACUAUGCAAUGAUGUCGUGUCAGCAUGCCAUGCCCCUCGGCCGCUUUGCCGGGCACAAUGCUGCUGCCGAUUUGCUGAACGUUCCGACUAAGCCCUACUCUCAACCUACAUAUGGAACGUGCCUUGACCUGGGCCCAUGGGGAGCAGUUGUCACUGAGGGCUGGGAUCGUACAGUCAGGUUCAAAGCAUCUGUGGCUAAACCGAUCAAGGAAAAUAUCAACCGUGUUGUGAUAUAUCCGCCUAGUGCUAAUCGUGCCGAAGCGUUUGCUGCUGCUGACCCAGACAGCCCUGGCCCUACUUUGACUUGA